AUGGCUAGACCUGCAUCACGCACUGUAAUAGCAGGCUGGGUAAAAACUAUACUCCGAGAUGCUGGUAUCACAUCUACACCGGGAAGUGUUCGGUCUGCAGUCGCCUCUAAGAGUUGGUUGGAUAAUGCUUCUGUCGAUGAUAUCCUAGCUAGAGGCAAUUGGCGAUCAGCUAACACAUUUCAUAAAUUUUACAAACCCGUGGGUGAGCGAUGGUUGAGGGAUCAGUACGCGUCUAGCUGUCGCGCGUGUUGUGUCGCUCCGCGCGUGUCGCGGUGUGUCUGUGCAGUGUCGUGUCAGGGUGUCGAAGUGGCGGGAUUCCUUGCCGCAGGACGGGGGGCACAUGCCCCCUUCCACCAGCACCACAUUGGUAAAAGAAGGGGCGAGGCAGGCGGCGCCAUGGCUUGCGCCGGCUGCGAGAAGCCUAUUCUGGACAAGUUCCUCUUACAUGUACUAGAGCGGGCUUGGCAUGCGGCCUGCGUACGGUGUGCGGACUGCCGCGCACCUCUUGCCGAUAAGUGCUACUCUAGAGACAACAAGCUAUUCUGUAGGAAUGACUUCUUUAGGCGAUACGGAACAAAAUGCAGUGGCUGUGGACAUGGUAUCUCUCCUUCAGACCUGGUCCGGAAGGCACGUGAGAAGGUGUUCCAUCUCAACUGCUUCACAUGUCUCGUAUGUAGGAAACAACUGUCCACUGGAGAAGAGCUAUAUGUCCUCGACGACAAUAAGUUUAUAUGCAAAGAGGAUUACUUAGCCGGGAAAGCACCAACACAUUCGGAUUCCCUACUCGGCUCCGGAUCAGAUGAAGAGGAAGAGGAUGAGUCUAGAACAGCCAAUAAUUCAAGCAGUCCAGCGCAUGCGCCGCACCCCGCGCUACAUUCAGAUCUCUCCCACAACGGAGAUACAAAACCACAUGAGGAUUCUGAGGACCAGGGUUCACUGGACGGUGAUCCAGAGACCAGAGACUCGCAAGCGGAGAACAAGUCACCUGAUGAUGGCAAUGGUGGCUCGAAGCGAAGAGGACCAAGAACGACGAUAAAAGCCAAGCAGUUAGAAAUACUCAAAUCUGCAUUCUCACAAACACCGAAACCUACAAGGCACAUACGGGAGCAAUUGGCGAAAGAAACUGGUCUGCCUAUGAGAGUUAUACAAGUGUGGUUUCAAAACAAAAGAUCAAAAGAGCGUCGUCUAAAGCAACUGACGUCGAUGGGUAGAGGGCCUUUUUUCGGGUCCUCUCGUAAGAUGCGAGGGUUCCCCAUGAACCUGUCACCAGGAGGGCUCGAGGAAGGGCCGCCGGGGUUCCCAUACUUCGCGACAGCAGAUGGCAAGUUCGAGUUUGGCUAUGGCCCGCCGUUCCACCAUGAUGCCCCAUUCUUCCAUCCUCCGCCUUCGAUGCCAUUUAAUCAGCCAGGUCGUUUCGCAGGCGGUAUGGAGACGUUGCAGGGCGGGGAGUUCCCCGAGCAAUUCCAGCCACCGGAUCAUCUAGUACUUCCCCGGCCUUCAUCUCCCGAAUUCACUUUCGGGGACGCCCCGCCUCCCCUCCAUCCCGAGGGGCUGGUGUGG